CUGCUGUCUGGCAAUAAUGGCGGCGGCGCGGGGUGGCAAGCGGCGCCUGGCAGAGCUGACAGUGGACGAGUUCUUGGCUUCGGGCUUUGAUUCUGAGUCUGAAUCGGAGUCCGAAGGAGCCCCAGCAGCCGAGACGCGGGCGGUGUUUGGAGCCGACCGGAGACUGGAUGGGCUAGGGGGGAGCCCCUCGUCCAGCCGGCAUAAAGGUCGAGCAUCUGAGCAUAAGGACCAGCUCUCUCGGCUGAAGGACAAAGAUCCCGAGUUCUACAAGUUCCUACAGGAGAAUGACCAGAGCCUGCUGAACUUUAGUGAUUCAGACAGCACUGAGGAUGAAGAGGAGCAGCUCCACUCUCUGCCAGAUACGCUGGAAGAAGCAAGUGUGGAGGGGGAAGAUGCAGAUGGGGAUGGGGUCCCCAGAGGACUGAAGGGGAAGAGGAGAGAUUCUGCUCCUGUGACCCUUGUGAUGGUUGAGAGAUGGAAGCAGGCAGCAAAGCAUCACCUUACUCCGAAGCUGUUCCACGAAGUUGUGCAGGCAUUCCGAGCUGCUGUGGUCACCACCCAAGGAGACCAAGAAGGUGCUGAAGCCAGCAAAUUCCAGGUCACGGACAGUGCUGUGUUCAACGCCCUGGUUACCUUCUGCAUUCGAGAUCUCUUUGGCUGUCUCCAGAAGUUGCUGUUUGGAAAAGUCCCGAAGGACAGUAGCAGGGCGCUGCAGCCGUCCAGCAGCCCGCUGUGGGGGAAGCUCCGGCUGGACAUCAAGGUUUACCUGAGCUCAGUUAUACAGCUGGUGGCCUGCAUAGCGGAGGCGACGGUAACAGCAGCUGUGCUCCAGCAUGUCAGCAGCUCCGUGUCGUACUACCUGACCUUCCCCAAGCAGUGCCGCGCGCUGCUCAAGAGGAUGGUGGUCCUGUGGAGCACAGGUGAAGAGACAUUGCGUGUACUGGCCUUCCUGGUCCUUGUCAAGGUCUGCCGGCACAAAAAGGACGUCUUCCUGAGUCCUGUCCUCAAGCAAAUGUACAUCACGUACGUGAGGAACUGCAAGUUCACCUCUCCUAGCACCCUGCCCUUCAUCAGCUUCAUGCAGCGGACCCUGACCGAGCUGCUUGCCCUGGACACUGGCAUCGCCUACCAGCACGCCUUCCUCUACAUCCGCCAGCUCGCCAUCCACCUGCGCAAUGCCAUGACCACAUGCAAGAAGGAGACAUACCAGUCGGUGUACAACUGGCAGUUCGUGCAUUGCCUGUACCUGUGGUGCCGCGCGCUCAGCACGGUCUGCCCCAGUGAAGCCCUCCAGCCCUUGAUCUACCCCCUCUCCCAGGUCGUAAUCGGCUGCAUCAAGCUGGUCCCCACUGCCCGCUUCUACCCCCUGCGCAUGCACUGCGUGCGUGCUCUGACGCUGCUCUCGGAGAGUACUGGCACCUUCAUCCCAGUGCUGCCCUUCAUGCUGGAGGUUUUCCAGCAGGUCGACUUCAACAAGAGGCCGGGGCGCAUGAGCUCCAAGCCCAUCAACUUCACCGUGAUCCUGAAGCUGUCCAAAGUCAACCUGCAGGAGAAGGCGUACCGGGAUGGCCUGGUGGAGCAGCUGUAUGACCUCAUCCUGGAAUACCUGCACAGCCAGGCCCACAGCAUUGCGUUCCCUGAACUGGCGCUGCCCGCCAUCCUGCAGCUGAAGUCGUUCCUCCGGGAGUGCAAGGUGGCCACCUACUGCCGGCAGCUGCACCAGCUGCUGGAGAAGGUGCAGGAGAACGCAGGGUACAUCUGCAGCCGCCGCCAGGGGGCCUCCUUCGGUGUGGCCGAUCAGCACGCGGUGGAUGCCUGGGAGAAGCAGACCCGAGAGGAAGGGACCCCUCUCACCAAGUACUACAGCCAGUGGCGGAAGCUGAGGGAGCGAGAGAUCCAGCUGGAGAUCAGUGGCAAAGAGCGGCUGGAAGAUUUGAACUUGCCAGAGAUAAAGCGGCGGAAGGUAGGAGACAAGAAUGAAGACAGGGUGGAAUUUAAGGAUCUCUUUGACCGCGACAGUGAUGAGGAAGAUAGUACCAUGGACUUCUCUGAGAGAGGAAUGCCUGGGUCCCCAAGAGCUUGGCAGAGGGUGGAGGCGGCGGAGGAGGAGGAGGGCAGCUGUAGCAGCCAGGAAGAGGUCGGCAGUUCAAAAGAUGGAGGCCCAGACACAGAGGCGGGCCUGGACCUUCGGGAGCUGUGGCAGCUGGCCCAGGGACCAGAGGAUGAGUUGCAGGAUCUGCAGCUCUCUGAGGAGGACUGAGGGCUGCCAGCCUGCAGACCUGUGGGGACUGCUGUGCAGUGCUCCCACCUCACCAGGCAGUCGGGCUUGUAGCUUCUUGGCUGGCCCUGAGCCUGGAGGUCAGGGCCCAUGCUGUGGGGGAAGGGCAGUAGAUGGUGGA